AUGGCUACUAUUCAAAUCAACGGCAACACGGCCAAUCUCGCAAAUUUGCCUGAUAGCGUGCCAAAGGAUGCAGAGAGCACCAAUUUUAUCCUUAUCCAGGGUCACAGUGACUUGACCCCUGGUCAAAAGCAGAAACUGGAGGACAGUCAAGUCAAAAUCCUGGAAUAUGUCUCGCGCAACACCUACCUAUGUCGAUAUGAGCCCAAAGACCUCAGUGCCAUUCGGGCUAUGGCCGCUGUCAAGAGUGUGAUUCCAUAUUUGCCCGACCUCAAAACCACCGUGACUCUCAAGGAACUUAUAGAGAGGGACAACAAAAAGACUCGCUAUGAGGUAGACUGUAUCCUUCAUAAGAGCCCCAACGUCAACGCCAACAACCUGGCAACAUCAAUCGCACAGAAAGCCAGAGUAGAUUUACAAGAUCUUCAAAUCUCACCUUCAAUUAUCAGAGUCACCGUGCACCAAGAUGACCUCUCAGAGAUUGCGAAACUUGAUAGUAUUAGCAGAAUUGAAGAGGUGCGGCCAGUGGGGGUGCUCAACAACGAGGCGCGCGCAAUCCUCAAUGUCGAUCUCUUGACCUUGUCAAGCUCCUACGAAGGGGCUAACCAACGUAUUUGCGUUGCAGACACUGGCUUCGACCUGGGAAGGUCAAAUAGCGAGCCUGGCGUUGAAGUUCACCCAGCACUUUGUGGACGUGUUCAGCACCUAGACUCCGUCUGGACCAACGACCCCAAAGACCGGAACUUCACAUUUGAGAAGUUCAUGGACGAAGAAGGUCAUGGCACUCAUGUGUGUGCAUCCAUCUGCGGAAGCGGUAUUUACACAAUCAAGGAGCCCGAGAACGGCACAUUUACAAUCAAAGUCAGAGGAACGGCGCCUGCCGCCACUCUUAUGGUCCAGUCCUUGAUGUUAUAUAAGCCCGCAGGGAGGUACUGGAAGAUGGAGACGCCAUUGGAUCUGGCCGCGCAGCUUUUCAAAAAGCCAUAUGACCUAGGAUUCCGGAUCCAUAAUAAUUCGUGGGGUAAGAAGUGGGAUAACGAAACAGGUCAGUUGGGCUAUGAAACCCAAGCGAAUGCCAUCGACGGUUUCGUCUAUGAUCACCAAGACUUCAUUGUGUUAAUGGCAGCCGGUAAUAACGGCGAAGAAAACGAAUACAAAAGCCAGAUAGGAGCCGCUGCUGCUGCCAAGAAUUGCAUCACUGUCGGAUCGACAGGCUCAACGCGACAAAAUGAUGGGCAGAAUUUUAUCAAGGUUCAAGACGUUGGAAAUCUCGGAACACAGGUCAACGAAACUGCAGUUUUCAGUAGCCGUGGGCCAACCCUACGUAGAUCGCCGCAUGUGGACGAAGCCGACAAAACGACACCCGUAGUAGGUCGUAUCAAGCCAGAUAUUGUUGCACCAGGUGUUGCUGUCCUUUCAGCAGCCUCGAGAGCCUUGAGUGCACAAUCUCGCAAGAAGAACACAUGGAGAAUUUCGGAGGACAACGAUUGGAUUUAUGCCUCUGGUACAAGUAUGUCGACACCACUAGUUGCAGGCUGUGUCGCUUUGCUACGUGAGGCAUUACAAGAGGGAGGCAAGCAGAACCCAAGCGCAGCCCUAGUGAAAGCUUUACUUAUCAACGGCGCCGUCAAUUAUUCCGAGAGUCUGGGUCUCGGCGUCGGCUACGACUAUGAACAGGGUUUUGGACGUGUUGACAUUGACAGUUCUAUCGCUAUGAUCAGACAGUCAUCGUUCAUGGAGGGCGGUAACGCCUUUGAAGCCACCCAAUUCGACGUGCCCCCUUUGCGACAGAUCCCAACGGCAGCCAGGAGAUGGGUCAGUCCUGAGAUACCUGUUCCUUCUGGUAGAAACCGUCUGGUCGUGUCUCUCGCAUAUCCCGAUCCAGCGUCCAUCUUUGGGGAACUGCAGAAUGAUAUCAACCUGUAUGUUUUCUCAGCUGGGUCUGAGCGACACGGCAAUAUGGGCAAGAGCUCCGGGCUCGACCACACUAACAAUGUUGAGAAGAUUAUUUGGGAGAACGUCCCUGGAAAGACGUUCAAGGUUGUCGUUUCCAUAAACAACAACCUCAAACCAAAGGAUCCCGCAGCAUUCGCGGUCGCCUGGGAUAUUCGUCCUCUGGCGAGAUUGUAA